AUGGCAAGCUCGAGUUCCACAGACAAACACGCCCCAACCGAGAAUACACCUUUGAUACAACCCCAAAAUGAUUACCAGUCACAUAUACUGCCUCGUAAAAGACUUCUCAUCGUCUUUCCAGCUCUCGCACUAGUACACUUUACCUCAUUCUUGGACCAAACCGCUAUAACUACUUCAAUACCAGCAAUAGCUGCUGGCUUGAAGACCGGUCCAUCGACGUCCUGGAUUGGUGCCAGUUUUCUCAUGACAAGUGUGAGCAUUCAACUUAUCAACGGUCGCUUUUCAGAUAUCUUUGGUCGAAAGCCAUGUCUCAUCACCGCAUUGCUCGUUAUGGGGCUUGGAAACCUGCUAUCAGGCUUCGCAAGAACUCCCGCAGUCUUGUACAUCACGCGAGCCUUUAGUGGAUUUGGAGCAGGUGCUCUUAACGGUCUUAUCCAGAUCACAAUAUCGGACAUCACUGCUCUGGAACACAGAGGAUAUUAUUUCGGCAUAAUGGGUAUCGCCGUUGCGUUUGGAAAUGGACUUGGUCCUGUGGUUGGCGGUGCUCUGACUCAGAAUACCUCUUGGAGAUGGGCUUUUUGGUUUAUCUGCCCGUUGACUGCCCUUGCGGUUGCCUACCUGUGGCUCGUACUUCCACAGUCAGAGUCCCCCGAAAACGUUUUGAAAAAAAUAAGAAGUGUCGAUUGGUUGGGAGUUGUCACUAAUAUGACCGCUAUCUGCUUAAUACUGGUGUGUUUCCACAAUCUAUUCGAUUUGUUGAAAUCUAACUUCGUCAAAAACAGAUUCCCUUAUCAAGAGGUGGCACACCAGACGUAUGGAAAUCAAAAACAAACAUCAUAAUGCUUGUGGCAGGAUGUUUGUUAUUCUGUGUAUUCAUAUUUCUAGAAUUUCGCGUGGUGAAAUUCCCUAUAGUACCAAGUCAGUAAACUUCCCACCCCACUCAAAUGACAUAAGAUUUGAACUUACUUAUUGCAACUGACAGAGCGUCUCUUCACAUACGGCCGUUCGACCAACAUCCUCUUAGCAAUGAACCUAUUCAUCGGCUGGCUAUUCUGGGGAAACCUCUUCUUCAUUCCAUUAUACCUGCAAUCAGUUAGGGGGUGGAGUCCAACAAUGGCUGGAUUGUUUAUACUGCCACUGGUUAUUGCUCAUGGUAUGUAACCCCUUUCCUCGUCACUCGUCCUAUCUAUUUUGGGCGGCAGGACGAGUCCAUACUCUAAUCCAUUUCCUGAACGAGAGAACGUUCGUUAACAACUCCCAGGCAUCACCUCUGGACUAAGCGGCAUAAUAAUCUCCCGUCUCGGCCACUACGUCUCGGUAAUCUCAGUAGGAACCGCACUCUGGGCCCUAGGCGCCGGCGCAAAAGUGACAUAUCACCGAACCACACCAAUAUGGCAAAUCCUCACAUUCGGGGUAUUCGAAGGGGUAGGUGUUGGAGUAUGUCUCCAACCCGGUAAGCCGUCUUGUUACCAUUCUUCCCUAAACCCAACUCCAGUCAGUCUAUGUGCAUGUGAGUCUGGUUCUGACGAAGCUCGCUAGUCCUCGUCGGCAUACUCGCAGGAUCCGAUAAAAUCGAUCGCGCUGGUAUAACCAGUGUUAGGAACUUCCUGCGUGAUAUCGGGGCUGCUACUGGAAUCACUGGUAAGUUCGAGAAAACACUCCAUUCAAUCAUCUCCAAAAGGCUAGGGAGGGGACUAAACAAGUAUACACACACACAUACCCAACACUAACCCCCACCCCAAGUAUCCGGCGCAAUCCUCAACACCAUCCUCCAAAACGGGCUCCAGCACCGCUUCACCCCCGAAUUCAUAUCCGAGAUAACAUCCUCCAUCGGCAAACUCUCUCAGUUACACCUCACGCCCGAAGAUCGGGAGCUUAUUUCGAGGGUAUAUAUGGAGGGUAUACAUGGAGUGUUUAUGUCGUUCGCGGUGCUAGCUGUGGUUUUGUUUGUGGUGACGUUUUUGAUUGAGGAUUAUGGAUUGAGAAGUAGGGAUGAGGUUUUGGAGGAGGUUGAGUGAGGUGGGUUGGGGAUGGGGUAUAUAGUAUAUGCCGAACUUGUCUUGCGACGUAUCACCACGGAGAGGGAUUGAGAAUGUGGUAUAUAGUAUGUGCAGAAUCCACCUUCCUACGCAUCUGUGCUAUAGUAACGCCUAAAUAUGUGUUUUGGUUAAUUAGACUAUUACAACCGCCGUACUAUAGAUUUAAGGACUAAUAUUAUAGCAGUAGCAAAUAUAAUAAUCCAUUCUAUAAUAUCCUUUUGUUAUAUCUUAGGAGUUGUGAGAGGCCAGACCUCGAAUAGCUCAAAGGUGUGGUUUCGAA